AUGGCGGCGUCUUCAGACAUCACGGACGUGUCUAGACGUCACUCCGACGUCUCUCUAACGCAUCAAAACUCCAACGACGCAAUAAUUGAGGAGGUUGGGUCUUUUACAGCCGCAGAGCGACUCUCGGAUCCUUUCGGCGACGUCUACGGGGCUGAAGCAGAAUUUGGAGACUUUGAAGGCAGUUUUAGAGACCAGGAAACGACUGUGGCUACCUCUAUGGAUAGAGAAAGCUCGUCUUUGAUGUCAUUUUCACCUCUAAUGGCUCCAGCAGUGGCAAUUAGUAGUGAAAACGACCCAUCUGUUGACAUUACAGGGAUUGUCGGUACUGAAAAGGAAGAAGAUGAGACAAAGGAGAGAAUAGGAGAUUCUGAAGAAGAUUUAAUCGCUGGAAGAGCGGCUACAGUACCGACUUCGACGUCGACGGCAACUUUAGCAAUUCUGGACUUGGUAUGGGGUAACACAAAUCACGAGACAGACGUGAACCGCUUUGCCAUAUCACCGACGUCUGUGGGGAGUGGAAGGAGCAGAUCGGCGUCUACUUCUAGUGGAGCUGCACUGCCCUUAUUGACAUCGACACAGUUUGCGACGUUCUCGUCCAUGGCUGUUGAAACUCCAGAGAACUCAACGGACUUGCUGUCGUUCUCACCACCUGUCGCGGCUUCAGCACCGAUUGAUCCAUUUUUUGGACUUGAUCACGAUACAAGUGAGACGAGUACAGCGGCACCAGUAUUUGACAAAGACGAGGCGUUCACUGUGACAGCAACGCCUCCGCUGUCUACGAUAUCGUUGUCGACGCCGACUUCGCUGUGCGGAUCAUUUGUGUCAUUGCAUGAUGAUGUAAAGACUCCGGGGCUUUUUCCUUUUACCCCUGGCUCAGUGGAAGUCAAUUUGUCGCCGCGUGAUCCGUUCGCAGAACGUACGACUCGGUCUUUUCGAUCUUUGAGCUCAUCAUUUGUAAGCGCGGGGAUGAUGGAAGACAAAGCUGGUCAAAACAAAGUGCAUGCGUCAGUCAGCACAUUUUCUAGGGAUACACUGGAAGUAACGUCGCCUUCAUCUGCUCCUCCCUCUUUGCGCAGCUCUUUCAAAAUGACGGACGGAUUGCCGGGUUUUGCACACGAUGCUGAUGAGUCAGAUGAGGCGGACCCUUUUGCUGAGGCAGGUUUGACAGCCCCAGUGGAGGUGCCUUUGGCUGAGGCCCUCGCGGUGUGGAGGAUUGGUGCUGAAAACGUUAUGAACGAAGACGGAAAUAGUGAUUGUGUGGGGAAGUGUACAGAAGAGAAAGAUGCUGUGGACAAGUAUGGACUAGCUGACAAUGCGUCAAAUGAUAGUGUCGAUAGUGCGUCCGUUGUUGAAGGCAAGAACGAUGUUUUAAAUGUCUCAGACCUGACGAAGCCAGUCGAGAUCGAAGACUCGCUUUGUGAUUGGACGAUCGCAACAGAGCGCAAUGAAGCGUUUUUGAAUGAUCCAUUCACAACCAAACAUCAGACAGAUGAUGUCACAGUCCUUCAUCCUCUUGCCGUUGCGGAGGAGUCCGACGUGGAAGAUGAUGAAAAUGCCGCCGAUCUGAUCGCCAAUGAUAACGAGGUCCAUGUCUUUGGUCUGCAAGGCGAUGCAUCAGAUGGCGAUGCAUUAGAUGGCGAUGCAUUAGAUGGCGACGCUUCAGACAUUGACAAAUGUGAUGCCGCGACGACGGCAGCAGAGCAAACUUUAGUAGAUGCGAAUGACGAUCCUUUUCAUAGGAGUCAAAUCGACACACUAUCAUUUACAGCUGCGACAACGGACUCGAAUAUUGAAUGUACGAGCCAAAGACUGAGUUCAGGUGAUUUCGAGGAUAAAUGUUCUUCGCUAGAUGAGGACGAAUUUGACACGUUGCUUACAUCCCCGCCUAGUGUUGCAACGGAUCUUCGGGAUUAUGGGGACAAGUCCGAAGAAAAUGCCGUAGUAGAAACGACCAAGAAUGAGGACCCAACGCUAACGACUGAAGCGAAUGAUGGCGAUAGUUUUGGUGACUUUGGAGGGUUUGAAGCUACAUCCGCUACUACAAACACGGCAAUGAUCAUUCCAGAUGCUUCGCCAUGGGGAUCUUUUCCAUCACCAGCCCCGUUACAUACAAUGCCAAUCGAUGACGUUGAUGCCGUUGGAGACGUUGCAGUUUUGUCUACGACUUCUACUUCUGCAGACACUGUGCCUGCUGACGACGGUUUUGGAGAUUUUACCCAGAGCACCGAGCCAAGCGGUGAUGACGACUUUGAUGAUUUUGGGGACUUUGAGCAGAGCUCUGCAAACGACGGAGAUAGCUUCACAGACUUCCAGCAGUCUUGUGCAGAAGCUUUUGGGAAAAGUGAUAAUGGGUUUGGCGACUUCACCACAGUCGAUGCCUCCACUCUGGCAGCGCCAGCCUCGCUAGUUCCUUCUUUAUCGAAGUCCGAGCUGUCAGUAUUCUUUGAAGAAGCAUUUCCGAUGAAGCCUUUACCGGCAAUUUUGCUUCUCCAACCGGAAACCCCAACCGAGGUGGAGGACACAGAUUCUUUACAACAGAAAUCGACGGAGAUUGUUCAAGAUGUGUUUUGUGACAUGUGGAAUGAGUAUAUCUCCACUUUCGCUGGAACAGGUCCCCAGUCGUUUUCUUCAUCUGGUGCGCUUUCGACGACUGCAGAACGGAAGGACAGUGAUGCGCACGUGCUCUUGAACAGGAACACGAAACAUGCUUCAAAAUAUUUGAAAUAUGUGCUGUCCGAAAAGAUUCAAGAAGCCUCCAAGCAGAACGGUAUCUUCACGCAUGGUUCUGAAAGACAUCAGGUGUAUGUAGAAUUUGCAGCAUCCGGCGAUGCAGAUCGCAUGUGUGCCGCGCUCAAAGAGUUAAGAGAUGCGCUGUUCCACAGUUCAGUGCACGACGCAAUGAUGCGGAUUGCCAAGCAGGCAGCACUGUCAGCUAAAGCCAAAAUUGCUGAGCAAGCUGCUCAGCAGCAUGCAAAUUCACGUGGUGGAUCCUUGUUUUCCACGACGCGCCACUUGUUGUCACGGAGUGGGAACUCAGGAGGAGCGCAUGGUAGCAGCGGCACCGAUAGCAACUCGGAUCAUGUUGGAGCUGACACUCCAACGGGCGUCUCUGUUCAGAAGCUAGCCCGCUACACGUUCACCAGCAACCACGACAACUCCGCCAAUGCACACCGUGGUGCAAAUAAUGGCGAGGAAAGAGUGUCAGAUGGAAGUGACCAUACGGGAUAUAGCAGUGGGAGUGAUUCAGAAGCUGCAUCUAGUGCGGACAGUCGGACUCGAAGCCAAACUUCUACUAGUGGCAGUAGCAAUGGUGGUUUGAUGAAAAAGUUCCAGAAUCGCUUUUCUUUCGGUAGCUCUAGACAUCGCCCGCGGUUUGUGAGUCUCCGAAGGAAAGGACAGUCAAGUGAGGAAGUCAGAAAGAUGGAGCUAAACCUGGAUGCCAUCAGUGGAGGCCUCGACGAAGUGAAGUGGAAGUGCGCUCUAUUUUUAUAUGAUGUCGAAGAGGUCACGCAUGUGGCACCUUCACAAAUUAGCAUUUUAGCGUAUCCAAGCAAACAGCCACUGACAGGCAAGACAAGUCGGAGUGCGUUGACAAAGCUGGUAAAGCCUGACACGAUUUGGACUGUAGAUAUUGGUGCCAACAACAGUGAUAUGAUAAACGAAUGGUGA